GUUCUCGCGAGAAAGGCGAGUCAUCCCGGGAGCUGAAUUCAAAUAAGCUUGGGCGCUGUCCCAACGGUGCCUCUGUGGAGCCGGUUGACUGAAAGCAGAGAAAUAAAAUGGAGUCUGAGUUAGUUUUGAAUCUUCGUCGGCAGCUGAAAGAGGCUGAAGAGGAACGAAUGAAAGCAGCACAGUAUGGUUUACUGCUAUUGGAGAGCCAAAGUGAGCUGCAGAACCAAUUGGAUAAAAUGAGAAGUGAAAUAAUGACCAUAACAGAGAGUUAUGAACAAGAAAAAUUUACUCUUCAGCGAGAAGUUGAACUUAAAAAUCGCAUGUUGGAAAGUUUGAACUCUGAAUGUGAUGCCAUUAGACAGCAGCAAAAAUUGCAGCUGGAUAAAUUAGAAGAACAGCUAUCAAGGAGCCAUGGGCAGGAAGUGAACGAACUUAAAAACAAGCUGGAAAAGUUGAAAGCUGAGUUAGAUGAAGCCCGACUAAGUGAAAAACAAUUGAAACACAAAGUAGAACAUCAGAAAGAAAUCUUGUCUGCUAAAUCAGAGGAAUUGCGGAUAAUGUCUGAGCGUGUACAAGAAACCAUGUCUUCAGAAAUGCUGAAUCUUCAAAUUGAGAUAACUGAGUUGGAAAGUGUAAAGGCCAGUCUUGAAGAAAGAAUGAAUGAGCUGCAGUACAGACAAGAACAAUUAGAACUUAUUAAUAACAAUUUACAGCACCAACUAGAAUGCCUUCAAGGGGAAAAAGAAGACAGAGAGAAAGAAGUUGUUUCUUACUUUAAUGCAUUAGAGAAAGCUCGUGUAACUAAUCAGGAUCUACAAACCCAGUUGGACCAUGCAUUGCAGCAGGCCUUGGACCCCAACAGUAAAGGCAACUCUUUGUUUGCAGAGGUGGAAGAUCGAAGGGCGGAAAUGGAACGACAGUUGAUCAGUAUGAAAGUCAAGUAUCAAUCUCUUCAAAAACAACACUCAUUUAAUAGAGAACAGAUGCAAAGAAUGAAGUUACAAAUUGCCACACUGCUACAGAUGAAAGGGUCACAAACAGAAUUUGAGCAGCUGGAACGCUUACAGGCUAUGUUAGAGCAGAAGAAUGGUGAAGUAGAAAAUCUUUUAGUGAAAAUAAAGCAGCUAGAGAAAUUUAAGAAUUUAUACGAAAACAUGGAAUCUAAGCCCUCUAAUAGCUCGUGCACUUCUGAAGAUAAUACAUAUUACAUUGAUUUACUUCAAAUGAAGCUUGAAAACUCAAACAAAGAGAUUGAAAAGGUUAGAGAUGAACUAUCCUUACAGCGGAUGAAGGCAUUAUAUGAGAGCCAGCGGGUUUUGGAGGUAGAGAGAAAGCUUUUUGCAAAUGAAAGGCAUCUCCAGCUUUUCCAAAGUGAAAAUAUGAACCUAAGAGUUAAACUAGAUGAACUGAAAAUGAAAUAUGAACCUGAAGAACCAGUUGAAAUACCUGUACAUAAAAGAAAGUGUGAGAAGUUGCCCCUGGAUGUACCUCUGUCUAAAGAUGAAACUUCUGCUAGCACUGUCCUAGAAGACCCUUCUAAUUUAACCUCUGACAGUAAGACCAACUCCUCUGCCAGUAAUCUAGGAGGAGAAAACCAGAUCCCGUCAGAGAAUUCUGGGAAUUCAGCUGUGACUUUCUCUCUCUCCCAAACUCCACCUGUGGAUAAACAACCUCUGAAGGAAAAGAAGCGUGUGAAAAUCAUUGGCAUUCCGUCCAGCUCAAAAGUUUUACUUGAAAGAAAUGACAACGCUGCUAAUCCUUCCAGGUUAUUAGUUGCUGAAUCGAAGCUCCAAACAGAAGCUAAAGAGGGGAAAGAAACUCCAAGCAAACCUGAGAGAAAAACUUUUAAGAAAACAUACACUACCCUUUAUGUGUCUUCCAAACCAACUCAGACACAGUGCCCUCAACAAUAAAACUGUUUGCUUAGUAAUAAUAAAGUACAAUUUGCAAUCACCCCCCAAAAAAGGCUGGUGAGCACUACCUUCAAUUGUAAGAAUAUUUCUGAUGAGCUUCAAUUUGUGGAUGGAAAUAUGACUCAUUGUACCAUUACUUCAUUUUUAUUUCUGUGACAGAAUAGUCCAUAAUUACUUUUGGCAUUUAGACUUUGACACUACUAAUUCCAUAAGUAAUUCUAGGUAUCCCAAAAGUUUUAAUGAUGUUUCAAGGUUUAGUAACUUAAAAUUGCACUAAAACUUUGGGAUACUCAGUACUUCAAAGGCUUGUUGUAAUUGUUAUAACUUAAGCUGCCAUAGUAACUGAAAGUAUUAAUGAAUGCACAUAUAUAUGGUUCCAGUUUUGUGUAUUUUUUUAUUGAAGUUAAAGGAUACUUUAGGUAUAUUAGAAAAGAAAAAUGAAGGCUUUUUUUUGUUUGUGAAAUUAGUGUGGGCAACAUGCUGAAAGAUGGGAACCUUUUGUAAAGGAAGUAAUUUCCAUUUUUGCAGUAACUUGUGUUUUAAAUUCACUUGUGUAUACAUUAUAUUUUUCAAAUGCAUUUCAAAUAGAUGCUUUUGAAAUUUGUAAAGUAUGCAGAUAUGUGGGGAAAUUUUUUAUUUCCUUCCUUUUUAAACAGUAUGGGGUAGGUAUUAAUGAUGUAAAAAAAA